CGGAUGAGCAUUAGUACGGUUCAUUCCACCUCUAGAGACAACAAGUGUCACUGGAGACAUGUUUAACCGGGACAACAAGACGUAACAGUACUUUACGGGACUAUCUGAAAUUUGGACUUCUGUCGUUGCAGUUUCUUUCUUUCUUUCAGACGGUGGAGACAGGUCACCACCUCUUUUCUCUCUCUCUCAUUCCGUGUUCUUUUACCGUUUUAUUUGGAGUGCGUUUUGCAAGGACUAGUCUCAAGCCAUGCUGUGGAGAGCGGGACUCGUGUUGCUGCUGUGUUGGGGCAGCACCGGGGAGCUACGUCAUCAACCCCGGGACUCCCCGGAACGUGAAGACCCGACGAGCAAACUGCAGGCAGACUCCCCGUCCGUGAGCACGCGGCAGCAGCGGUCCCCGCCCCCGGUAGAACCCCUAGACUUUGGGUUCGUGCCCUCCGGUGUGUACGACACGCACGCCUACUACGAGCCCGGUGCCAUCGGUGUUCUGUUCCACAUGGUGCACGCGUUCCUUUACGUGGUCCAACCGAACCCCUUCCCGAAAGAUCUCAUCGUAAAAGUCAUCCAACAGAACAUGGGAGGGAUAAAACUGGAAGACUAUCGCAAGCCGGAGAACGUUGUCUUAAUGCUACAGACGAUCUACUAUGAGGCGGGCUUCCUGUUGUGUGUGAGUCUGGGCUGUGUAUUCCUGGUGUUGACCCCCGUGGUAGGACUGUGUUUCUGUGUGUGUCGCUGCUGUGAGAACUGUGGAGGGGAGAUGCACCAGAGACAGGGGAAGAACCCAGACUGUCAGAGAGGAUUCUACACGGCCGCUCUCAUCACCACCUCCAUAUUCAUCACGACUGGGGUGCUGAUAGCGCAUGCUGCCAACCACAACAUCACGUCUCAGAUCAAGUCAACACGCCGUUUCAUCAGCACCAACAUGAGAGACCUGAAGACCUUCGCUAACAACACACCGGCGCAAAUUGACCAUCUGACGGCCCAGUACACUACAGCUAAGAAUAAAGUCCUGUCUGACCUGGACAACAUCGGGCCUCUGUUGGGUGGGAGGAUCCAGACUCAGCUGGAGAAGGAGGUAGUUCCUUCUCUGGACACAGCUCUGCGCAUGGCUGGAGGCAAAGUGGAGAACGCCGUUAAAGCUCUGCGUGAGUCUAAGGAGGCGUUGGAGAGUGUUAGUUCUUCGUUGGAUGUUCUUCAUGAGGGAACCUCUCGUCUGGCGCUCCGUCUGACGUAUGAACGGACCUCCCUGUCCAACACCCUGUCUGAUCCGGCCUGCACUAACGGAGCUGUGUCACGCACCUGCAACAACAUCCGCAUUACACUCCCACAGCUGGGAAUCAACAGCAACUUCUCUGGGUUACCAGACGUCAGUCCCCAGUUGGCCAGUUUAGAGAUUGCCCUGAAGACAGACCUCAGCAACAUUUUACAGAAGGGUUAUUCAUCCUUCAAUGACACCCCCAGACUGGUCCAACAGCAGACUAAGAAUGUAGUAGCAGCUCUGCCUAGAGUGAAGGCCAUGCUGGAUAAAAUAGGAGUAGAGAUUAUAGGUUUCUCUAAGAUGUUCCCAGUGGAAGCAUCUCUGGCCAACUUCACCAUCUUCCUGAGUCAGGGCCAGAAGAACAUGGAGGCCUACUACCCUCAGAUAGACCAGAUGGACUUCUACAGGUGGAUAGGCUGUGUGGCCGUGCUGUGUUCAGUGGUUCUGGUUUUGACCUUUAACUUCCUGGGUCUGUUGUGUGGAACGUGUGGCUACGACAAACAGGCCACGCCCACCACCCGCGGCUGCCUAUCAAACACCGGAGGCAACCUGCUAAUGGCAGGUGUAGGGUUCAGCUUCAUCUUUGCCUGGGUAUUGAUGGGGCUGGUAUCAGCAGGGUUUGUUGUCGGGGGCAACAUUGAGAAGCUGUUCUGUGAACCGCUUGCUAACAGACAACUGUUCAAGAUCAUAGACACUCCCUACAUGGUCCAUCCUGCCAAGAAGAACUUCCUGCCUGGCAUGCUGUUCCAGAACCCUAACAUCAACCUGACUGUAGGAAGCAUGUACCGAGACUGCUAUGAUAACAACGGGCUGUACCAUGCUCUGCAGCUGGAGACAAUGUUCAACAUCAACACCUUCCUCAAAACAACCGUGUUUAACAAGGACCUUUUGAAGGUGUUUGACAGCGUGAGCAUCGACCUCCAGAGCAUUGUGUUAUUGGAGCAGGAUGGACGGGAUGACCUGCUAACCUUCUCUAACGCUGGGAUAGGAGAUAUUAACUAUGCUGCUUACCUAGCAGAGGUGAAUAAAGGUGUAACUCUGGUGGAUCUGCUGUCGUUUUCCAACGAGCUGGAGGCCCAGGCAGACCUUCUGCCGCGGGGAGCUCUAGAGAAUGCUUUGAAGGGUCAUGCCAGCAGCAUACGACAGAUCCACAGAGAACAGGUCGUCCCUAUGGAGCAGGCCAUGAAAUUUGUCCGAGCGCGGAGCACCCUCAGCCAGAGCAUCCGGCUACUGCAGAGGACAGCUAAGGAACUACCUGUGAAGGUGACUAACGUCCUUAGUGCCAUCGACGAAGCAGAGUACCUCAUCACACACAACGCUUCACGUGUGGUUAAACAGGAGAGAGAUGUGUACAUGCAGAGCCUGGUUGGAUACUUCAGACAGUACACAGACUGGGUCAAAAACUCUCUGACAGGGGAGGUGUCUCAGUGUCAGCCCAUCAGUAACCUCUCCUCCAUAAUGUAAUGUGUCCUAGCUGACAGGGGAGGUGUCUCAGUGUCAGCCCAUCAGUAACCUCUCCUCCAUAAUGUAAUGUGUCCUAGCUGACAGGGGAGGUGUCUCAGUGUCAGCCCAUCAGUAACCUCCAUAAUGUAAUGUGUCCUAGCUGACAGGGGAGGUGUCUCAGUGUCAGCCCACCAGUAACCUCUCCUCCAUAAUGUAAUGUAUCCUAGCUGACAGGGGAGGUGUCUCAGUGUCAGCCCAUCAGUAACCUCUCCUCCAUAAUGUAAUGUGUCCUAGCUGACAGGGGAGGUGUCUCAGUG